UGAAGCGCACAUUUAACAUUUUACAGAACGUAUUUCCCGGGACGUUCCCAUUUUUUUUUUCAACUAAUAUAAUAACCUAGGCCUUAUGUAAGGAAAGCUUUAUAUUACUCAGAACGUAAGGAGCAAGAAGGCGGCGAACUGGCAGAAUCGUUAGCUCGCCGGGCGAAAUGCUGAGCGGUCUUUCGUCUGAGUUCAAAUUCCGCCGAGGUCGAUAAAUUAAGUACCAGUUACGCACUGAGGUCGAUGUAAUCGACUUAAUCCGUUCGUCUGUCCUUGUUUGUUCCCUCUAUGUUUAGCCUCUUGCGGGCAAUAAAGAAAUAAGAACGUAAAAGUCUAAAAACAAGCAAGGACGUUUAGAACAAACUUAUGAAAAUGCUUUAAGCUGGCAAAAGGUCAGCAUCGCUCAUAACCUUUUCUUAGUCUUGAAGACCGAAGGGACGAAGUUAUUCUUAAUCCAGAGACCUGGCUUAAAUGCUUGCAACAUAGUUAAUUAUAUCGGAAUUUAAUUUUCAAAAACAGAGGAGGGUGGGGGUCACACAUGUAGUCCGACACAUCACAUUUUAUUUUGUAGAUAUGUAUGCGACAUGUGUCAGUAUGUAUGUAAGCGCACCCAUCAAUUUCUUUUUUUUUCUCAUAUUAAGUUCCACUUUUCUGAAAGUUACAAAGAAACAAAAUCAGGUGGCGGGCACAUUUGUAAUGGAGUUUGAUGAGCCACAUGCCUCUUUCCUCAGCUAUUACCAAAAACUAUAUUUUGAUGACAAAUUACAGAAUGGCACUCCAUCUGAAAAAGCUGACAUUCUAAGAAAUCUUAUGGUCCAAAUAACUCUUGCUGCCAGGUCCAACUUAAUAUCUUGUGAGGCUGCUAAAAUGUUACUGGCCGAUUAUAACAACAAAUAUGUGACAAUUGUGGAUAAUUUUGAUGCCACUCAAGGUUUGAAUAAUUUUGCUGGAGGAGCUCUUCAUCUUUGCAAUAAAAAUAGAAAUGAUAGCGCCAACUGGAAAUCUUCACUAACUCCUGAAAAUGUUUUAGAUAUGGAAUGCCUUAAGCAAAUUAUAAAAGAAUCAAAGGAAUCAUCUGGAAGAUUCUCUCAGCCUCCAGAAGAGAAACCAUAUCAGUCUGUUUCCUGUAAAGAAUUGCUAAUACCUUCUGAAGCAGUAAAAGGCACAACUUCAACAGUGAACCAUUCUCUAGAUAAACUUUUAACACAUAAGGAUGAAAAUAUACCGCCAUCUGUUAAUAAUGUUAAUAAUACCUCUUGUUUCAAAACCAACAAUGGGUUGUCUCAGAACCAUUCAAAUUUCAAGAAACAGACUGCAUUCACUACAAUUGGUCAAAAUUCCAACUGUAAUAACUUCACCAAAGACAUGAAAACAUCAUCAUCAUCACCGUUCCUUGAACAUAGAGACACGGUUUCUAAUUUCCAGUUUUCUACCAAAAACCAAAGUAACCAGAAUACUGUUGGAAGUUAUUCUGAGAGAAUGUUACCCGAAAAACCUGUUGCUGACCAACCUGUGAAUCGAAGUUUUUUCAGCAAAAAGCCUCUCUUUUCUAAAUCAGUGACACCUGCAGAGGAACCAAAUGCCAGUUUUGGUGCUAAUCAGUUUCCAAAUCGGAGAAACAGAUCAUCAUUCUGGAAAUCUGGUCAUCACAACAGUAAAGGUGCCUCAGCUGCUGAUGUUUAUGAUGAUGAUGAUGAUACUGAAAGUGAUAACAUGGUGGAUAAAAGAUGUAGUAACUUCCGUACUGCUAAAGAACAGUUGGUUGCCAACAAUAUGAAGAAAUAUGGUAGAGGAGGAAAUAAUGGUAGUAAUGGUGGAGCAAUGGGACCUUCAUCUUAUGGCAGUGCUGCAAGGAAAUGUCUGGGAACAAGACGAGGCCUUAACAGCAAAUUUAUCCCUCCUGUGCCCAACAAAGAAGAUAAUUAUGACAGAAUGGCUGCUCCAAAGAAUAAUGAAGAAAAUGAAUUUAUUGAUGAGCGAUUAAAAGGUCUUGAUCCCAAAAUUGUGGAGCUUGUCACUAAUGAGAUAAUGGAUCAAGGUCCUCCUGUAAGCUGGAAUGAUAUUGCUGGACUUGAGUUUGCCAAGAAAAACAUUCAAGAAAUUGUUGUUUGGCCAAUGUUACGACCUGAUAUAUUUACUGGUUUGAGAGGACCACCUAAAGGGCUCUUACUUUUCGGACCUCCAGGAACUGGCAAGACAUUAAUUGGUAAAUGUAUUGCCAGCCAGUCUAAAUCAACAUUUUUUAGUAUAAGUGCAUCUUCUCUGACAUCUAAAUGGGUUGGCGAAGGUGAGAAAACUGUCCGUACACUAUUUGCAGUUUCCCGUUGUUAUCAACCAGCUGUGAUCUUUAUUGAUGAGAUAGACUCCUUGUUAUCUCAGCGUAGUGACAAUGAACACGAGUCAUCACGGAGAAUCAAAACUGAGUUUUUAGUUCAAUUGGAUGGAGCAACUACUGAUUCUGAGGAGCGGUUAUUAGUGAUUGGAGCUACAAAUAGACCUCAAGAAAUUGAUGAAGCUGCCCGAAGACGUUUCGUCAGGCGCCUUUAUAUUCCACUGCCAGAAAAAGAAGCGAGAAAGACAAUAGUUGAGAACUUGCUGCGAGAACAACAACACAGUUUAACACCUGAACAACUUGAUCAAAUCUGUGACAAGAGUAAAGGUAAUUUUCUAAUAUCGGUUCGACCAAUCCAGUUUUCAGAUUUUGAAGAUGCUUUAAUACAUGUGAAAGCAAGUGUUUCUCCCAAAGACUUAGAAGGAUACAUCAUUUGGAACAGUAUGUUUGGCAGUGGUGGCAGAUCUAAAUGA